AUCAAACCUCCUAAAGGCGUCGUUUUCUAUGGACCUCCAGGUACAAAUCUGUCCUCAAUAUCUUUGUCGUUAUUCUUUAUAUUGAACAUUUUGGAUGGAUAUAUAUCUAUAGGAACGGGUAAAACAUUGAUGGCUCGAGCUUUGGCGAAUGAGUGUUCAAAGGGUGGAAAGAAGGUGGCGUUUUUUAUGAGAAAAGGUGCUGACUGUCUCAGUAAAUGGGUUGGAGAAGCGGAGAGACAAUUAAGGGUCCUGUUCGAUCAAGCCUAUGCAAUGCGCCCUUCUAUCAUAUUUUUCGAUGAAAUAGACGGUCUUGCUCCUGUGCGUUCGUCUAAACAAGAUCAGAUCCAUUCGAGCAUAGUGAGUACUCUUCUCGCAUUGAUGGAUGGACUGGAUGAUCGUGGAGAGGUGGUGGUUAUCGGUGCUACGAACCGUUUGGAUACCUUGGAUCCUGCGCUGCGAAGACCAGGCAGGUUCGAUAGAGAAUUGAAGUUUUCUCUGCCUGAUGCGAAUGCAAGAUUACAAAUUUUAACCAUUCACACCUCUAAGUGGGGAGAGAGCCAACCUGAUGAGAAAACACUACAGUGGUUAGCAGAUGGAACAAGUGGUUAUUGUGGAGCAGAUCUCCAGUAUUUGUGCACGGAGGCAGUCCUGGUCGCCUUGAGAUCCCGUUUCCCGCACAUUUACAUGUCCAAGGAACGUCUGAAGCUAAAUCCAUCAGAUCUUGUUGUUGACAGGGAUUGCUUUACUACUGCAAUGCGUCGAAUUACUCCGGCUUCGAGAAGAGGUCUGUUUGCGCUGAGGAUCUAA